CGAUCCCUUCUCGUUGCGGCCUCCGACGUCCUCCCCUGCCCCACCCAACUGCUUCCCGCGAAAGCAACGAACCCAUCAUCAUCAAAUCCGGUGACCGAUCCGUCAUCCUCCUCCUCGCGGUCGCAGCGCCAUUAAAAUUCCUCCCACUCCCAUUCCCCCGCCUCCCGUAUCCCGCAGCUACAGCUAGCUGGAGGAUUUUGCGUCCACGCCUGCCCCACUCCUCGCCGAGUCCCAGUCCCAGUCCCCUUCACUUCCACGCGAAGAAGAUUUUAUAUUCCUGCAUAAUCCCCCAGGCGAUCGGAUUUCCCAUGUUGGAAGCUUGCGCGGAGUAGUUUCUCCAUUUUCAAUUGGGUUUUUAUUGCUUUGCUUCUUCUUUCCCCCACGCUUCCUCCUCCUCGACGCGAGGCCGUGAUCGGGAUCGUGCGACCACUGUGCCUAUUUAGGUCGCCGGGAUCGCUGGUCCGGUAGCCGGCGCCGCUCGAAAUUGGAUCCUUUUACCUCGGUUUCGUGUCGCCGCGAGGCUCCGUCGUUCAUUGGCUUGUCCGCUUACUAUAUCUCGCGUAAAGAUCAGUUUUGGCUUUGCUGCCGGGAGUGGGUUGGUCAACACGAUUUGGGGAUUUUUACAGUCGAACAAAGGUUGCUUCUGCUGAUAAUCCGAGCUCGCUUUUUCUACCGAGCUCAGUUCGAGAUUGAAAUCGAGCUGGAGUUUUCCAUUUUCUGACCUCGCCGGAGUCGCCGAGUGACUUCAUUUCAGUCGUCAAUGGAGGAGUCCGGGGAGGCGAGCAUCGGGCCCUUCAGGAUCGGCCCGUCGACGCUCCUCGGCCGUGGCGCCGCGCUCCGCGUGCUCCUGCUCAGCUCGCUCUGGCGCCUGCGGGCCCGGGCGCGCGCCGCGACGAGCGCCGCGCUCUGGCGUGCGCGCGGGGCCGCGCUGCCCAUGGCGGCGUCCUGGCUGCACCUCAGGAACACCCACGGCGUCCUCCUCGCGGUCGUGCUCCUCGGGCUGCUCCUCAGGAAGCUCUCCGGGGCGCGCUCGCGGCUGGCGCUGGCGCGCCGGCGUCAGCUCUGCAAGAGCGCGAUGCGGUACGCGGGGACCUACGAGGAGUGGGUGCGCGCCGCCAAGGUGCUCGACAGAAUGACCGACCAGGUCAAUGAGUCGGACUUCUACGACGUUGAGUUGAUCGGGAGCAGGCUCGACGAGCUCCGGCGUCGGAGGGAGGAGGGGUCGCUCCGGGACGUGGUGUUCUGCAUGCGCGGCGAUCUCGUCAGGAACUUGGGGAACAUGUGUAAUCCUGAGCUGCACAAAGGCAGGUUGGAGGUGCCUAGGCUAAUAAAAGAUUUCAUUGACGAGGUUUCGACUCAACUGAAAAUGGUGUGUGAAUCUGAUACAGAUGAAUUACUUUUGGAAGAGAAGCUUGCCUUUGUUCAGGAAACCAGACAUGCCUUUGGAAGGACUGCGCUACUCUUAAGUGGGGGUGCUUCACUGGGGUCAUUCCAUGUAGGUGUAGUGAAAACUUUGGUUGAGCAUAAGCUUCUUCCUCGGAUAGUGGCAGGAUCGAGUGUGGGUUCCAUUAUAUGCUCAAUUGUCGCUACCCGGACAUGGCCUGAGAUUGAGAGCUUCUUCAUAGACUCACUACAGAUCUUAAAGUUCUUUGAUAGGAUAGGUGGAGUUUUUGCUGUUACAAAACGGGUUAUGACUUAUGGUGCACUUCAUGACAUUAGCCAGAUGCAAAGGCUUUUGAGGGAUCUCACAAGUAACUUAACAUUUCAAGAGGCUUACGACAUAACUGGCCGUGUUCUUGGGGUCACUGUUUGCUCUCCUAGAAAGAAUGAGCCACCUCGCUGCCUCAACUACCUGACAUCACCACAUGUUGUCAUUUGGAGUGCUGUAACUGCCUCUUGUGCAUUCCCGGGCCUCUUUGAAGCUCAGGAGCUGAUGGCAAAGGAUAGAUUUGGCCACAUAGUUCCCUUCCAUGCUCCCUUUGCCACAGAUCCAGAACAAGGUCCUGGAGCAUCCAAACGCCGGUGGAGGGACGGAAGUCUGGAGAUGGAUUUGCCAAUGAUGCAACUGAAGGAGUUGUUCAAUGUAAAUCAUUUCAUUGUGAGCCAAACUAAUCCUCACAUCUCUCCACUCCUCCGAAUGAAGGAGAUCGUCAGAGCCUAUGGAGGCCGCUUUGCCGGAAAGCUUGCUCGUCUUGCUGAGAUGGAGGUGAAGUAUCGAUGUAAUCAAGUUCUGGAAAUUGGCCUCCCACUGGGAGGACUUGCAAAGUUGUUUGCUCAGGAUUGGGAAGGUGAUGUCACCAUGGUUAUGCCAGCAACAGUAGCUCAGUACUUGAAGAUUAUACAAAACCCGACAUAUCCAGAGCUCCAAAUGGCUGCCAACCAGGGUCGCAGGUGCACAUGGGAGAAGAUCUCUGCGAUCAGAGCAAACUGUGCAAUUGAACUUGCAUUGGAUGAAUCCAUAGCAGCCCUCAACCACAAACGAAGGCUAAGAAGAAGCAUUGAAAGGGCAGAAACUUCUUCCCAGGGAUAUACCGACAAUGUUCGAGUCAAAACACCAAGGAGGGUACCAUCAUGGAGCUGCAUAAGUCGAGAGAAUUCAUCAGGAUCUCUCUCAGAAGAUCACUUCGCGGCCGCCAUUUCAUCCAAUCACCAAGGUACUAUUCGAGUUGAUGGUGCACCAAGCACGUCUCAUCAUGUUCGUCAUAGGUCACAUGACGGAAGUGAGAGCGAAUCAGAGACCAUCGACCUAAAUUCAUGGACCAGGAGUGGCGGGCCCCUGAUGAGGACUUCAUCAGCUGACCAGUUCAUCAACUUUAUCCAGAAUCUCGAGAUUGAGUCCGAGUUUGAUGGGGUUCAUACAAUAGAGGGUGGCAAUGCAGGUAUUUUCACAGGACCCACAUUUCCUAGAGAUCCAUAUCCAACCAACAUUUCCAGAGCUACUACACCAGACGGCCCAGAUAGAUGCACAGAGGUUUCUGAAACAGAGUCAUGCAACAGUACUAGCAACGUAAGCAUCGCUGUGUCUGAAGGAGAUCUGCUGCAACCUGGGAGGACUACCAACGGGAUUCUACUUAAUUUUGUCAGAAGAGAAGAUCUGAUUGCUCGGCAUAACGGCGAUGCUGACGUGGCCGAGAGCUCCUUACCUCAAGCAUAUGUGGACAGAACACAUUCAGAAUCGGGUGACGCCAUCUCAGCUGCUUCUGACAGCUCUGAAGAUAACAAAGAUGUGGCUGACUCGGACAAUCCCUCGGUUUCUCAUACAGAUUUUGUAACUCCGCCUCAACCCUCUGUUGACGAUAACGAAGAUGCUAAGCUAGAUUUUAAAUAAUUCUUAAUGGUUUGGUGCAGCAACAAUGAUGUACGUAUAUGAUAAUUGCAGUGUCUAUUUAGAGAGCACUGCUGACAGCAGCAUAUCUGUUGUGUGAAGUAGAUGAUUGGUACUGAUGAUACAUUGAUAGAAGCCUUUCUUGGCGUCGACAUAAAUGGAAUUCAGUGUUUGUUGUA